AAAUGAAGCUGUAUACAUUAAAUUUCAAUACAUAAAAUUAUUUCAUUAGGCCCGUAGUCGCCGGCGCGUGACGUCAUCUGACAACACGGCAGCCACGGUGAAGGCGGCGAGGAGCGGCGCGGAGACUUUCCUACACAAGGAGUGCUAACCUUUGAGAUGGCAGGUAAAGGUGACAAGUACUCAGUUCUGCUGCCAACAUACAAUGAAAAGGACAAUCUGCCUAUCAUUGUCUGGCUCCUCUGCAAAUACUUCGAUGAAAGUGGCUAUUCCUAUGAAAUAAUUAUCAUAGAUGAUGGAUCACCAGAUGGGACUUUGGCUGUGGCCAAAAAGCUGCAAGAAAUAUAUGGAGACAAAAAAAUAGUUCUGCGUCCUCGAGAAAAGAAGCUUGGCCUGGGUACAGCCUACAUUCAUGGUAUUAAACACGCAACAGGCAACUUUGUCAUUAUCAUGGAUGCAGAUCUGUCCCACCAUCCCAAGUUUAUCCCAGAAUUCAUCAAGAAGCAGAAGGAGGGUAACUAUGAUGUAGUGAGUGGAACAAGAUACCAAGGCAGUGGUGGUGUGUAUGGCUGGGACUUGAAGCGCAAAGUAAUCAGCCGAGGAGCCAACUAUGUUACACAAAUACUGCUCAGACCUGGUGCCUCAGACCUCACUGGCUCCUUCAGGCUAUACCGCAAGGAUGUGUUGCAGAAGUUAGUAAAGGCAUGUGUCAGCAAGGGUUAUGUCUUCCAAAUGGAGAUGAUCAUUCGAGCCCGACAGUUCCACUACACCAUUGGCGAGGUGCCCAUCAGCUUUGUAGAUCGAGUGUAUGGGGAGAGUAAGUUGGGCGGGUCUGAGAUUGUGGGCUUCAUCAAAGGCCUCCUCUACCUCUUUGCCACCACCUAAGGUUGACAUUAUGUGAACAGCAAUCUCGAUGCCCACUUGAACAGGUAAUAUUUAGCUCAUUGCAGCUACUACCCCUUGUCCUACUUUUAUAACUACCAGGUCCCUCAUAGUUUAUUUUCUACAAUUUUGGGUUAGAAAUGAAACCAUGUCAAUUUUCUUGUUUGAAAAGGAACAACCAUUGUUAUAGUGUUCUCAUCAAUGAAAUAAUUAAUCAGCAUUAUUGCUUCACUCUCAAUAUUUGGUAUUCUCCACAAGCUACUUUAUUUUAUAAAUCUUUCAAGUCAGUGUAUGAUAUAUCAGCCUUUCACUUCACUUGAAUACAUACUUAAAUAGAGACUUCCCCUCACUAUUAUCUAGUUCUGUUGAGCAGUAAUCAUCUCUUGUUAUUUACUGAUAUACAUUUUAUUUGUUACUCCUUUAACGUGUCUCAAUUUAUUCCCACUUGAAUAUGUAAGCACUUGGUCUUAAAAUAUCAUAUAACAAUAUUUUCUUAUAUAUGCUACUUUUUAUGUAAAGUUUCUUAUGAAGUGUAAGAGCAACUGAAUAUUUUGGAUCUUUACAUGUUAGGGGAUGCAAUAUUAGCUUUCAUUUUAAUAUAUGUAAGGGCCUAAUAAAUUAUUCUUUGUUUACUCCCCUUGCUUUGGGAGGCAGCACAAGAACAGCUGAGUUUUACAAAGUUUUAUCACUUGUGCCACAUAAUUAACAUUAGUGUUGUCACUUUUCAACAUCAAUGUUGGGACCCUACGACUUUACACCUAAUACCUUAUGAAAUAUCUAGAAUGAGGGGCAUGGUUGAGGAAAAAUAAUUAUUUUAUUAUACAUGCUUGUAUAUUUUUAUUCAUAAAUCAUAGGAUCAUUUUGUGCAGUAACAGGAUCUACUAAUAUAUAUAUAUAUAUAUAUAUAUAUAUAUAUAUAUAUAUAUAUAUAUAUAUAUAUAUAUAUAUAUAUAUAUAUAUAUAUAUAUAUAUAUAUAUAUAUAUAUAUAUAUAUAUAUUUUUUUUUUUUUUUUUUCAUUAAAGAUAUACAAUACUACUACACCCUUGAUCUGCACAGGCAGAUAAUCACAGUUAGAAAAUUUGUUUCAUGAAAUGACUAUUACAGUGCCUUGUCCUUUGUGAAUGUGUGUGUGUGUGUGUGUGUGUGUGUGUGUGUGUGUGUGUGUGUAUUGCAUUAUGAUGUUCACAUCUGCAUAACAUCGGCUGUCACGUUUGUGGCUCUAUUUUAAGUACUUGUUGCCAUUCCAUUGUGAUUGUAUUUAUAAUUUAUAAAGCAAGUGAAUAUGCUUACACUUGCAUAGCACUGGUUGUUGUUUCUUAGUAGUGAUGGUGACAUCCAUACUUCAUUAGGAAAAAUGGAUUGUCUGCUACAUCAUAAAUUGUAAAUGUGGGAUGUUAAUUAGGUAAAAUGUUACUUGAUGUAAGAGCUUUUGGUAAUAUUUCCUAAAUGUGUUGUGAACACAUCAAAAUGAACAGAAAUGUGGUAUCAUGAUUACCAUUAAUCAUUUAUACCUCAUUCCCCCCUGACACGUGAGAAUCAGUAAUGAUACCACAAUGAUGCUUAUGAUAACAUGGAAUCUAAGGAUUUUGAUAUGAAAUCCAAAGUAUAUCAUUUACCUAUUCAUUGAUCCAUGAAUAUCAUAUUAAAGCAUAAUUUAUUUCCACAAGAUAUUACAGUAACAUAGUAGACACUCAUCACCAGACCAGCUCUGACAGCCUCUGUUGCUGUAGCUGGUCUGUUGGCAGCUCCCCCCCCCACUGACCAUGUUAACCUCUGGAGGGUCAUCCAAAGGCCAUCCAUUCAUGGUGCUGGAAAACAAGAUGGAAAGUAGCUCAUAGAUCAGUGUCCCAGGUUGAAAAGCUUUGUGUGAAUUUUCACACAUAAAGCUGCAUCCACACAAGGAUUCAUGACCAUGCUUUUGCCUGUGCUCUGUUGCCAGAAGCAGAUUUUGGGGCAAGUGAGGGGCAACAGCAUACACUUCUGGUGAUCGAGGCAGAAGGCAUUUUCAGGGUAGGAGUGCAGUUGUAAAAUGCACCCGCAACUGAUAGUCAGGUGACACCCUCACCCUCUCCCUAGGCUGCAAUUCACAGAUGGGAGGACUUAAAGGGGUGGCUAAAUACCUUUUUCUUCCCAAUGUUUUAAUACUACCAUCUGUCAGUUGCAGCAUAAGGCAGGGAAGGUGACCUGCCUCACUUAGGUUGAAGGAAUCACCCACCGGCUAGUAGCCUAUGUCACAGCACACUACCCACUGUAUGAGAGCAAGGGUGUGCACAUUGUGCACAUCAAUUGUACUAUGUUGCAAAAAUUGAACACACUAGUAUCCAUUGCAUACUGAACAUACCUCAUGUUCUUUUUUACUUUGUUCAUUCAGCACUGUCAUUCAAAUGCACCACUAAUCUUUUGUUGUGCAUUGAAUCAACAACAGUCAGUAUUCCUUGUGGAUACUGAGCACAUAAGCAAUACAUUCAAUUCUUAAAGAGUAAAUAUAUAAGCAUGAAAGUUUGAAUUUAUUAAUGCAUCAGUCAAUGUUCAUACUAAAACACAUGAAUAUUGAUAGUCGUGUGGCCUUGGUUGAUUCCCUCCUUUGGUCUGGCCAUUCCUGCCUCGUCUUGGGUGGUGAUAUGUAUGUAGCAUUGGUAUUAGAGUUAUUGUGGGUAGAUGAGUAGUGAUGAUUGAUUUACUAGUUAAACAAUUUAAUACUGCAGCUCUUUUGCAGUAGUAUGAACUAUUAAAAGUUCAUGCAAGAUUUGUUAAGUUUUGUAUUUUUUGUACUCAUUUUGUAGCCAGAGAAGGAACAAAUAAAUUAAUAUAAUAUAAACAUAAUGCCUUCAUUACAUAAAAAUGAUCAAAUAAUUUCCAGACCAUGAUAAUAUAGCCUGGGACUGUUAACAACAACAAAACCAUCGGUUUCAGUUACAGAGCUGAGAUUUACACCAUGGAAACACAAUGCUGUCAAGUAAGAGAUGAGAGUAAGUUACUGAUUUGGUGUUUUAUAUGCAAGGCUGACCAUACUGUUGUCUGUCUAGUGUCUUCAAGUACUCCAGUUGUUCAUUCCAUAGUCCCAGCAGCAUCUUGCUGUAAAGCAGUACUGUCUCCUGUAAAACCAGGAGUUACAUCGCUUCUUUAGAUCUCUGAGACAUGCAAUAUUCCUGUUUCUACAAACUACUUCAAAUUGUAAAUAGUCUAAACAAAGGUUGAAGAUUGGGCUAAGUUAAUAUAACUAAGCAACUGUCAGAAAUAAUCUCAGAGAAAUUACUCUCCAGUUGGCAAUGUGCAGUUUGGAAUUUAAACUCCAGUAUGGUGGCAUGCCUUUGUGAAACACUUCAUUCAUUCAUUUCAUCGACGCUUGCUCCUAGGAGCUCCCACCAGGGGAUGGCCACGGCAGAAGAGCUUCCAACUUUCUCUAUCCAGACACUUCCUCUUUGCCUGUUCAAAGUUUCUCAAAGACCUUUCCCCCCUCUCCCUAACGUACUCUUGCACCCUAUCCCUCCAUUUCACUGGCGUUCAUCCUCUAGCAUUCCCUCCCUCUAUCUCACUCACAUACACCCUUCUGGUCAUCUUACUCUCCUCCAUUCGCUCCAUGUGGCUAAACCACUUUAAAGUCUGUCGCUUCACUUCUCCACCACUCCACACUUCUUCCCUUCACCCCUGUGACACAUUCCAAAAUGCUCGUACACACUUUCAUUACUCAUUCCAUCCAUUCUACUCACACCACAAGCACUCCUCCAAUAACUCAUUUCCACUGCCUGCACUCUAGACCUCUGACUUUCAUUCCAGGCCUGUCUCACUUGCAUAUGUGAGGGUAGGUACUAUUAUUGUAUUUCUUUGUGACACACUUAAAUCAGAGAAGUAGUCUUCAGUUAGCAUUGUGCUAUCUAUUUGAGAUCCAUAGGCUAUCAAUUUCACAUCUUCAUCCAUGUAGUGAAAUGCCCUCCCAUGUUUGUCAGCAGCCCAAAGGUCUUUCCAACAAUCUUAUACAUAUGGUAACAAAUUAUCCUGGACCAACACUUCCAAGUCCUUCUCCACUCUUGUAUUUGUGAUUUGCUCAGUUCACAAUGAAUAGUUCAGUGGCAGCCUCUCAGUACUGUUACCCAUCAUCAAUAAUUUGCAUUUCUUUGCACUCCUUAAUUUUCCAUACCUUGCUCCAUUCAUAACGUCUAUCAAUCUUACUGCAGCAGUUUGUAAUUUUCCGGUUUCUACUUUCCUCAUUAUCUUUGUUUCAUCUGCAAACAGGCUUGUGUAACUUCGUACCCUCCACCAUAUCAUUCUAUUAGUAAAGUUCUGUAAAUUUUCGUGGGGAUGAAAUGAAUUCCUAUAAAUUAAGAUGAAAAGUCUG